AUGCGAGCUGGAGAGGCCGCGAAGGCCACGAUCACCGCAGCGAGGAAUUUCAUCGGCGAGAAGAACAAGGAGCUCGCGACCUUCGCCCCAGAGGUGUCCAAGCCGGCGAAGGAGGAGCUCAACGAGGUCAACCAGCGGAUAACCGCGUCCUCUCAGGCGCUGGCGCAGUUCUUCAAGGAGGUGGACGGCAGGGAGAAGAACGUGCGGGUGCAGGAGGCAGAGCAGAAGAUCCUGGACCUCGAGGCAGAGGUAAACACGGUUGUGGAGGCGGCGAAGCCCUUUGCCGAGGGCGAGAUCGAGGGCAUGCCCGAGGAGGAGGCCACGGCGAAGUGCACGAAGUUCCUCGAAUUGGAGAAGGCAGCGCAGGCGAAGCUUGUCGAGACCAAGCAAAUGGUUGUGAAGACUGCCCAGGAGGUGAAGACCGUCCCGGCGCACGUUGAGACUCUGAAGCCGCUUCAGGCCAAGCUGACCUCGAUCGGCGUCGAACUCAACAAGGCCAAGAAGUCGACCUCCUCCUUCGAGCAGAAGAUCACGGCGAAGAGAGUGCGGGAGGAGCUCGCCGAGCUGUUGAAGGAGAUGGAGGCGGAGAAGGCGAAGGUCGAUCAGGUGUGUGCCCCCCUGCUGGAGAACGGCGGAGAGGAGUUCCUGGUGCAGGCGUGUGUCCGCCGGCUCGCCGACGCGCUGUCGGCGCACAUGGCGGAGAAGGGCGUCACUCAGGAAACUCUGCUUGGCAAGCUGGCCACGGCGAGCGACUUCGCGGGGUACGUCGAGAAGAUGCCCGAGACCUUCGAGAAGGAGGAGCUGAUCUUCCUGGAGGGACGGCCUGCCGCCAUGUUCAAGCAGAUCGAUGCCGACGGGGACGGCAAAAUCAGCGCGGCGGAGUUCAACGCCAUCUUCUGCCCCAAGUACGUGUGCGUCAAGGACAUCGCUGUCACCGACGCGUUCGAGAUGGAGAAGAGCACCAGCACUUCCAAGCUGAAGCCCGGCGACGUCGUCGAGGCGAUCGGUCCCUCGCGCACGGAUGAGAACGGCAUGACGCGGGUCGAGUGCAAGCUGCCCUCGGGGGAGAGCACCGGCUUCGUCACCACCAAGGGGAAUUCUGGCGCCAUCUUCCUCCGCGCCUGCGCUCCCUUCGACGCCUUCUCCGCCGAGGCGGACAAGGCGAUCGAGGCCGGAAUCAAGACGCUUGCUGGACUGCAGGGGAAGGUGAAGCAGAAGGUCGCGGAGUUCCCCAGGGCCACAGGACCAGCCGCCCCGAAGACGGAGGACGGCGAGGCCAAGGAGGGCUCGGUGGACGCGCUGCGGGGCGAGGUGAUGAAGACCUCGCAGAAGUGCUCCCUGGCGCAGCAGUCCGUGAUGACCAUGAAGGGCAAGAUGAAGCAGGCGAAAGCUGAACUCACCAGGAAGGAAAACAACGAGAAGAACGCCCAUGUCUUGGCCAAAGAGCAGCGGGAGAUCGACGAGGUGAUGACUCCUGCAACCGACAGCGCGAAACUUGUGGAGACCAACUCCAAGGCUUUGGAGGACAUCACUGCGCCAUUCCUUGCGCUUAUGAGGAAGAGCUGCAGGCGUUUGAGAACCCAGCGUCCACGCUGA